UCGCACAAAGACACUCGGUAUAAAAGCUCGAUCAGCUGACCUCUUGGACAUCACUCAACGUGCGUUCCUCAGCAAAGUACAUCCUCCCUCAACAAUGGCUUCCAAAUUCUACCUGAUCGUCGCUUCCCUGGCCUGUGUCAGCGCUGGCUACAUCCCGAACGAUCAUCUGUCCUAUGCUCCGGCUCUGAGCUACUCCAACGUCAUCAAGCACCAAGCUCCGGUGCUGAGCAAGACCAUCCUUCAGGAACCCCAGCUGUACCACGGAUACGCUCAGGCCGCUCCAUCGAUCGUCGUCAGCAAGCCUCUGGCUCUCACCAACCCGCUGCCAACCCUUUCCUAUGCUGCUCCUCACUCUCUGUACCAGGCUCCGGCUCUGGUGAAGAACAUCGAAUACUCGAAGCCACUCUCCUAUGGUCCGAUUGCCAAGACGAUCAUUGCUGAGCCAACUUACGGCAAGACGAUCAUUGCUGAGCCAACGUACGGCAAGACGAUCAUUGCUGAGCCAUCCUACGGCAAGACGAUCAUUGCUGAGCCAACCUACGCCAAGACCAUCGUUUCGGAGCCGAUCUACACCAAGAAUGUGUACGCCGAGCCCAUCUAUUCGGCCAAGCCACUGAUCGCUGAGCCAGUGUACGGUAAGAGCAUUAUCGCUCAGCCAGCUCCGAUCUACGGUGGCAAGGUGCUGUCCUAUGCGCCAAACCUCGCUUACGGUGGUAUCUCUGCCCAUGGUUGGUAAAGAACUGUGUCUGUGAUAAUUAGCAACUGGAUGUGUAUAGACUUGAUUGUGAUAUUUGAAAAAAUAAAAUAUUUUACGAGUAAAACAUAUGAAACAA